CUCAACUCCCUCAGCCUCGACGGGCCGGGCGCCUCCUGCAGGCUCGUCGACGACACGCACAGCGGCAACUUUCAGUGCCCGCUCCCGAUGGAUGUCCCCUCCUGCACCCGCAUCUACGGGCAAGAGAUCGACUGCGAGUAUGACUACGCGUCGCCGCCGCCGCCGCCGCCGCGUGGUUUCGACGGCUUGGACGACCUCUCGCCGGGCAUGAUGGCGCUCCUCCUCCUCUUCUGCCUGAGCGGCGCCGGCGCCGCGGUCCACCUCGUGAGGCGCUCGCUCGCGCCGAGGAAGUCGAUCGCAGAGGCGGCUGCGAUGGCGCUCGAGAUGCAGGCGGGCUCUAGGUGGGGGACAUCAAGGUCGUGAAGUGAUGUGCCGGAGGAGGGUUGCGAGUUCGGGCCGGCCCAACUCCAUUCGGGCCCACAGCGCAGCUUGAGCGCAGCAUGUGUGCACGUGUGUGGGUGUUGACUGUGCUCUGUGGGGCCAUCACCGGGCCUUCGAGCAGCAACCAGCAUAUACGCACCCCUUGGGGUUGCGUUCGCGCAGUGGCGACGGACGGGGAGUCACAGCCCUCACACUGACACGGUGUUCUCUCUUUUUCUCUCUCGCCGUGAGGGGGGUGCGGGUGGGGGUUUCACCAUGCUUGUGCUACACACAUUCAUUCCACAAGCACAUAGUACAGUAAAUAUAAUUACACAGUAAAAU